AUGGAUAACAGCCUUACAGUGGAAGAAAACCAACAAAUUCAGUAUUGCUUUCCACUUCAAAACCUUUCUUGUAUGAAGGCUUUGCGGACUAAUGGAGAAAACAUCAUGAUGUACAUAUAUUUUGCCUCUUUGUCAGUGUUAACAGUGUUCUUGAACCUGCUGGCGAUCAUCUCUAUUUCUCACUUCAAGCAGCUCCACACUCCAACCAACUUCCUCAUCCUCUCUCUGGCUGUAUCAGAUCUGAUUGUAGGAUUUUUUGUCAUGCCCUUGGAGGCCAUUCGACUAAUUGAAAAUUGCUGGUACUUUGGGGAUGUGUUUUGCUCCAUUUACCCGUUGAUUUGCUAUAUUGUUAUAUCAGCAUCUCUAGGCAAUAUGGUUUUCAUAUCCAUUGACCGCUAUAUCGCUGUGAGUGAUCCAUUUCGCUAUACUUGUUUAAUAACGACAGGUAAAACUUUGAUUUGCAUAUUAAUUUGCUGGUCUUGUUCUCUUUUUUACUCUUUGGGCAUAUUGUUUAAUCAUUUAUUUUAUCCAGAGACACAUGGCACAUGCUAUGGAGAGUGUGUGCUCAUCAUCAGCUUCACUUGGGUUAUUAUUGACCUUUUUGUUUCCUUAAUUGCACCAUGUUCUGUUGUGUGCUCCCUGUAUAUGAGGAUAUUUUGCAUUGCAAGACAUCAGGCUAAUGUCAUUAAGUCUGUUAAAGUAAAUCUCACAUUUGAGGACAAUGGUGUGGCUUCUAAGUCUGAGAGGAAAGCAGCAAAAACUUUAGGUAUAGUUGUUGCAAUUUAUAUGCUCUCUUGGGUACCAUAUUACAUUUCCAUUGUGGUUGCAGGUGGUUUGAAUUCUACAUCAUCCUUAACCAAUUUUUUUGCCUGGCUUAUGAGUAUGAACUCAUGCGUGAACCCAAUAAUAUAUGCGCUGUUUUAUCCUUGGUUCAGAGUAUCAGUGAAGCACAUAUUAACACUCAAAAUAUUUGAGCCAUCAUCUUCAUAUCUUACUUUGGUACACUAG